ACACAAUCACGAAAUUUUCUUAUCAGUGUAGCGUAGUGUUUUUCUCAGCUUUUCUCCAUUACCUGGGAUAAGUGAUCAAUUUGGAUAGACUGUUUUAUUCUGAAUUUGCGCUGCUUUAAUUAACUGCCGUAGCUGCUCAUUCUUCAUUUGCAAAGGCAGGAAUCAUCAUCAGUGUCGAUUUUCAUUUCAACUCCAUAUCUGAAACCUUGGUGUCACGAAGUCAAUAGUUCAAAUGGCUAGUCUUGUAAGAAACUCUCUUAGACAGUCUCUUCUCCUUUUCAACCACAGAAAAGUCCCAGCAAGAUCUUUAACCACCACUCAAACUGGAGCUGUUCUACCCGAGCCGAAGAAGGUGCCUUUUGGAUUGGUAGGAGUAGUGCUAGCUGUUGUCCCUGGACUUCUGGUCGGCGCAGCCAUCAGUAAAUACAUUGCAAACUUUCUGGAAGAAAAUGAUCUAUUUGUUCCCUCUGAUGAUGACGAUGAUGAUGAUUGAUACUUAUGCCCUAGUUAUUGCAUUUUGUGCAUUCAAGCAAUAAAAGGCCAACUGUUACUAUGAUCUAGUUAUCCGGAUUGUUAAUUUUUGUUCAAGCUACUCAUAAGUGAUCUAUGUAGUUACUACCUUUAUCAAUCAAAAUGUUCAAGUUCAGGGACGGUUAGUGUCAGGUAGGUAGAAGGGCAUGAGUGACAUAAUUUUUCGCUUUAAGUCAAAUUAAAAUUUUUCUUUUGCUCAGUCAUAAUUAAAAUAAAAAUAAGUAUGGCCAUCAACCAGUAACAGAAGAAUACUUAAUUCUCACCUUUGUGUCAUCAUUAUUAAGUAUUUUCAUUUUAAACUUCAAUGUAAAAUAAAAAUAAAUGUUUCCCAUAAAAUCCUUGUGCUUGGAGCAAGUUCAAUGAAUCAGGAGUUCUGAGCUCAGUACUAAACCCCCCUCUUCCCCUUCCCUGAUUUCCUUCUUUCCAAUCUCUUUGUUAGUUAUGUAGUUUACCUGGUUGAUAUUGAGCUGCUCAGAACUUUUACAGGUCCCUCUAAAAUUCGAGGAGGUUUCAGUCACUGAAACAAUUCAUUUUAGUUCUAGGUUCAGCUGAAUUUUAUCUGUGAUAUGCGAGGUCCUCUAGGUAGAUGUGCUCUACCUAUUAUCCUCCAAAAGUUUGUAAAUUUAAGUAUUCGGCCAUUUACAUCCUCAAUUUGAAACAAGCACACUUGCAACUAAAGAAUCAACAAACUUAUCUUGAAAGAUUUUUUUCUCUCUCUUGAGACUGGAAAUAACCCCUCCCACUUCUGGUAAAAGCUGUCAGAUUAGCUUUUAGCUUCUUCAAAUCAUGUCCUCUCUUUUAGUUUUUCCACAAAUGCACCAACCACAGCUGCUGUAGACUGUGUUUGGUGCUAGAAAAUUUUUGAAUUGUUAACCUUGAAAUUUAAUAACAUGCACUUUUAGUAUGUUUAUAUUUGUGUGCAUAUUACUAUAUCACUCUGAAAUAUGUCCUUCUCCUGUCAGUUAAGUGAUCCUGGAGCCCUUCCAUCGUAUUAUUGUGUUCUGACCAUACCUUCAAAAAAUUCUAUUUGCAUGCACAACUGUUGAAUCAGUUAGUUUAAUCAACGCUGGUAUGUUUUGUACUUUUCAAGUUAUUCUUUAGUAUUUCAUAGUACCUGCAAGUUCCUAUGUCACCACCUUCAACGCUAAGAGUUCGUCUUUAAAUUUAGGACCUUACAAAGUGCGCUUUAAUUAAUUUACAUUUACAUACAGAUGCGUACAAUUUAUUUAGUAGGAAUGCCUCUACGAAAAUUGAAUUGAAGUCAUCAAUCAGGAAAUCUGUUACAGUGUAGGAAAAAAUGUCCACACAUUCUGGCUCACUCAUUUUAACAAAAACCAAAGGGUUACCAUUUGAAUGUAGGUGUCUACUAUUGGCAUGCUAUUGGCUCUCCAUAUUGAGUCCCGCUAACAAAAAAUUCACUAUCAGAACUGUUAUUAAUGUGAAUAAUGCAGUCUAUUUAUCACUUAUUAUUUGCUUUGUCGAAUAAAUGUUGGGGAUUUUUUUUUUUUGGAUUAGAUACUAACAAUAAAGAUGUGUUUGACGAA